CUAAAAGAGGGUACUGUAUUAAAGGAUUACCAAAAACUCGGUGUUGGAUGGCUGCUUCAAAGUUUUUUUUACCGCGCAGGAGCUGUAUUAGCUGACGAAAUGGGUCUCGGUAAAACUAUACAAUGUUUGACAUUUCUUAGCGCUCUGAAAUUUUCAGGAAUCACAGGGCCUCACUUGAUAGUAGUACCCUUAAGCACUGUUGGCAACUGGGCCAGAGAAGUUCGCAGAUUUGUGCCGCAUUUAAAACUAGUUAAACUUUGUGGUAGUAAAUUUGAAAGAGAUCACAUAAUGAACGAUCCCGUCGCCUCACAAGGGCUACACGACCUUUAUAUCACUACAUAUGAAACCGCUGUCACUGAAGAAUCGUUUUUUUGCGAUAACUUUGACUGGCAAUGUCUUAUUCUCGACGAAGCGCACCGAAUCAAAAACGAAAGCGGACGAAUUCGUCAUUCCCUUGAUCGGGUUUGUGCAACGAUGCGGGUUCUUUUAACCGGUACGCCGUUACAAAAUAACAUUAAUGAAUUAAUUACUUUAUUAAACUUUCUGUUUCCAGAUGUACUGAAAGAUAGUGAUCAGUUUGAGAAAAUGUUUUUAAAAAACUAUUUCGGCUCAAUUAAAGAUCUUAAUACUAAUAACAAUGUAGAUAACUUUAUCGAUAACAAAGUUGUAGAGAGUGUGUCUCACUUGCUAAAACAAAUGAUGUUGCGAAGAACAAAAGACUUGGUUGUCAAAUUGCCGAGAAAAAUUGAACACGAGAUAUGGCUUCCGCUGUCCAAUACCGGUGCUAAUUGGUACGCUAAAUUGUUAGAAAUAGGAGAAGCCGCAUUCCAAACGAACUCAGUUAGAAAAAUUCUGGGAGCCGUGAUAAAAAUGAGAAUUUGCACUUGUCACCCUCGAUGUUUAGUUUCUUCUAAACACCAAUUAAGCAAACUGAAAGAAAUAUUCCAUGUUUCCAAUGAAGAAGCAGAACUUGUCGAGAAAGCAUUACAACUACAACAAAUCCAAGACGACGAACACAUUCAAGCAAGUUCGAAAUUAAUUGUUCUUGACAAAUUACUCAUGCAACUACACAUUCAAAAUUGUUAUUUUAGCAAAGAAUAUACAAACGCUUAUAUUCAAAACAUCAAAUAUAAUUAUAUUACAGAAAACCCUUUCCCCAGAGCCACUCCUAAAAACACCACUCCAUCAAAUGCAGACGACGAAACAAAGGAUGAUUUACAAAUAAAAAAAUCAGAAGAAACACAAAUGAUUGAUUCUGAAGGAACGAUAAAAAUUGGAAAUAAAGUUUACUCAGCGCGUCAAUAUGCAGAACGCGAACGCCGGAAGAGAAGUGCACUCGCUUUCAAACAACAGAAAGCUUAUGAAGCACAAGUUGAUGAAUUGGCGCACAAGUGUUACAACGACUUGCUGAAGAACGAGCAAAAAGUGCCCUGGCUUGAAGAUUCCAUGUUAAUGUCUGACAUCACAUUCAACGAAAUGCAAGCCCUUAAAAAAUCUGCUGUACUCGAAAAUUUCAAUAAUGAAUCGUCUGCGAAUUAUUACGAUGAAACACACGAAGGCGAAAUUCUUAUUCAUAGUUCGGAAGCUGAACGCGAUAAUGAACAAAAAGACGAAAAUAACGAAGAAGAUGUAACUUCCUCGGACACUAAUAAUCAGAAACAACGCUACAUUCAUAAAGUACUAAUAUUCACUCAGUUUCAACUGGUGCUAGACGAAUUGGAAAAAUACUUUAAAUACCGUGGGUUUAGAUAUCUGCGUCUCGAUGGAAGCACGAACAAAAUGAUUAGAGAAUUAGACAUUCGAGAGUUCAACAGUUCUGACUCCACCCAUCUCGCUUACCUGAUUUGUACACGAGCAGGGGGAGUCGGUAUCAAUCUAGUAACGGCCAACCACGUUAUUUUAUUUGACGAAGAUUGGAACCCUUUCAUAGAUUUGCAGGCCAUUGACCGAGCACACCGUAUCGGUCAAAUGAGAGACGUACACGUCUGGAAGCUUAUCACCGAAUGGACGAUCGAAGAACGAAUGGCGUUCAGACGUAUGCAAAAAAUGAAACUAGACAAAAUUUUGAUCAAAUCUUGUGGACAAACAGACCGUGCUAACGUGGAACACUGUUCAGACGAAGAAUUAAACGACGAAUCUGCCAACAAAAUGAAUGUGGAAGAAAUUAAAAAACUCUUACAGUACGGGAAAAAGGCUAUUAAAACAGUUGUAAACGAGCCCGAAUCAAUCGCAGACCUUUCACUGUCCGACAUCAUGCAGCGCAAAAGACGGAGCUUGCCGAUGUUAGACGAUAUGAUCAAGCUAAACGAAGAUUUGCUAUACGAGUCUAAAGAAGGCGAAAACAUUGUGGUCGACUUUAACAUGAACGACGAUUACGACGAAAACAUAGCUUCAGAAUCAGUAGACAUGAACGAACACUCCGACACCAACACUCAGAAGACUAGUUAUGACAGCGAAUCGAACGCCACUACAAAUCCGAUAUCACCUGUUCCCAACUCUGAAAUUGAGGUUAAAAACGACUUAUCAGGCAUACCAUUAUUAGAAGAAAGACGGCUUCGACCGUUAAGACGAAAAGUUCGUGUUUUAACUAACAUAAGUCAAGUUACUGAAAAGAAAAAGACUAAUAAACGCAUUAUACACGACAAAAAGUCCAUCAAAGAACAGCAACGCAGACAAUUGCUGUCUAAGCAACAGAUGGAAAAAGAAGCGCAAGUUCGUCGCGAACUACAACAAAAGACCAGGCAAGAAGCUGGCAAACAAAAGAACAAGAACAAAGCGAACGACUCCCUCGACGUGGGUGAUCUUGUUACUACUUCUUACAAAAAAAUUGGCGACAACAAAAAGCGUUUUUUUGCUCGUAAGCGUCAGAUCGAAGAACGAGGCAAGGAUUUACUAAACGCCAUCAAGGCAGGUUUCGAAAAACUGUAUCCAAAAGUAGUUUUAGACGCUUUAGAAGAAAAGAAGUCGCAAAAAAUAACUAGUGAACCAGAGGAAAAACGCGCUGAGGACGAUAAGUCUAAACCUAGUAGACCACAACUGAUAAAAAUGCCUCGAGAAAUUCUCAAAGUUUGUGAAAACUGUAAGUUGCCCGGUCACGAAGCGUCGGUUUGUCCUUUUCCGGCCGAAUUUGCAACAUAA